AUGCUUGGGAUAAUUCUAAAAAACGCGCUCCAAAGAAGCAGGUACCAUAUUACUGCCCGGUUGAGUCGCCCCCAUGUAAGGGUCCCACAAUUUAGUAGCCAAAAUGACUCCCCCUUGACAAUUGAAAAGGACCAUUUCUACAUUAAUCCAUUAAGGAAAUUAACCUGCAUAGGAUGUGGGGAAUUCCUCCAAACCACAGAUGAAAGAAAAACGGGGUUCGUCCCCUUUAGUGUGUACGAAAAGUACAGCAAUGGGCGAAUAAAGUUUUACACCAAAGUGAAGGGGGAGGAAGUGAGUUCAGUUCCUGACGGGGUGAAGGUCGAUGUAAAUAACUUCCCCAGUUUUCGUGUCAAGACGAAAAUUAUUUUGUGCAAAAGGUGCUACAGGUUACAGCAUUAUAAAUGUACCAACAUGCAAUGCGAGGUGGACACGAACAGAAUUGAAAAUAUUAUAAAAUGCAGGACGCAGCUGCAGGAGGAGGUCAAACGUCGGCGUAAGGGGGGGACCCCAAUGAGGGGGUCAUCCUCCACACAGACCGAACCGGAUGAACAGGCAUCCCUGGAGACCACCCCAACGGGAACCCCCACUGUUAAAAGUGAAGUGAACGAAUUGUUGGAACAGGUUGAGCGUGGGAGGAAGCAUAAACGGGGGGGCCCACCACAUAGGAAGGAAGAGCAAAAAGAGUCCAACAUAGAGGAAGGGAAUGGUCGGAAUGAUCACAUCCUACAUGUUGAGGAAGAAAGAGAACAAAACAGCGUAACUGACAAAGCGGGAAGGGAGAUUGACACCACCCAAAUGGAGGACGCAGGGGAGAACUACUACCACGACCCGUCCUACCGUAUCGACCAGAGGAGCGUAAAUAUAUAUGAGAAGAAGGACAUUUUAAAAAAAAGAAAUGACAUGAAAAAGUUGGACGUGGAAAAAAUGCAAGUAAGCACAGCCAAGUAUAUCCAAGGAGACAGAAAUGAGGUGAUGAAUAAUUUGAUAAAAAAAAUGAAAAGAAAAUCCCUCGUUCUGUAUCUAGUAGAUAUAACAAAUAUAGAAAAUACCAUCCUGCCAGAGUUGUAUAUAGGGUGUAAGAAUAAAGACAUAAAUAUCAUAUGGCUAGUUAAUAAAGUGGACUGUCUACCCAAGUCGACAAACCUGGAAAUGGUAAAAAUCUGGUUCCGCAAUUUAGUGAGGCAAAUAAAAAACGCCCAUAUAAAUGACUUAAUAUUUAUAUCAGCCUUAAAGUUCUACAAUCUGAAUAUGUUAGAAGAAAGAAUGAAGUACUAUGUCGAUUUGGAAAAAGGAACAGAUAUCUACAUAGUAGGAUGUGUGAAUGUAGGAAAGUCAUCCUUCGUGAACUCUUUUCUAAAAUACAUAAAUUAUAAGCACAUAGGAGAUAUCUACAAUAGGAGAAAAAAAGGAGGAGUUACCACAUCGAAUAUACCAUACACAACACUAAAUUACAACACUUUUCAGUUAAAAAAAAAUAUAAAAAUUAUCGAUACGAUGGGGAUUCCAACGAAGUACCAGUACUCUUCCAUUUUGUACAAAGAUAUAGACCUAAACAGCAUUUGCAUAAACAAACGAAUUCAACCCUUUACAUAUAAAUUGAAGGAAAAUUCAUCCAUUAUUUUGGGUAGUCUAUGUUACAUCAAUUUAAUAUAUGGUUCCUUUGCCUUGGUGACUUUUUACAUCUCCAAUAGGGUUACUAUUCACAUGUGCAGAAGUGAAAAGGUGGAAGAUUUUCUGGAAAAAAAAAAAUGUUCCUUCUUGUACCCUCCUCAUGUGAAAGCAGAUUUUGAUCUUCUGAAACCUUUUGUUAAACAUACAGUGAAAGUUUUUGGGAAGGAUUUCGAAAGCAUCGAUGAUAUUGUCAUUUCUGACUUGUGUUGGUUCUCUGUCACUGGCAGGGGGGUUAAGGUGUUUGAAAUAUACGCCCCGAAAAAUGUGAAAAUAUAUCGAAGACCUUCUAUGAUUACUGAUGCAGUGAAGCAUACACAGGUCGAUGUGUUCAAAUAUAAGUCCUACCGAGGAAGGACCGCCAAGGUGAUGCGGAAAAAGAAGAAACUCAUUGAGGAGCUCGAUAGGCUAAACCCUGGCCGCCGUCAGGAAAUGAAGAAUCUCACCCUCCAGGGGGAGCUUGCACAGCUCAGCAACUUGGGCACCUUCAACGGCACGUCACGUGAUGAACCAAUCGGUGUGACCGUCUCCACUUUGGGCACCACGGCAAUCGCCCCGCUCAUUGGGGACAAGAGCGACAUAGAAAGUAUCACCCAUUAUUUGUAA